GUGAUUCAACGUGUUCGCAGUGUUACCAUGGCGAAUAGACUUUUGUUUUUGACAGCCAUAGCAGCCGUGUUCGUAGGCGAGGUCGCAGAUGCUGGACACGUCGUAGAUGCCAACGUACGCUAUCGGAUUGGGUCUAGACUAGCUUCGCGACGCACAGUCAAAUCGAAGCCGACAUUUCAUCGAAUGCUCGGCGUCUCCAGGGACAUCAGAAUCAUCCCCGUCGGCGAAAGUGUUAAUACAGUACAUGGAGCAGUGCAGCAGAAAUUCCAAGAGGUCUACAAAGGGCUCCCUGUUCUUGGUGGAUCCAUCGACGCUGACGUUGACAAACACGGCAACUAUGAAGGUGGCGUCGUGGGAGGAUCACUGGUCCUGCACAUCAAACAGGAUGUGCCCAACAUUUACUGCAAAUUCACAAGAACCAAGGCCAUAGAAAUAGUACUGAAGAACGAAGGCCUGAAAAAAUCGAACAUGAAGGAAGCAAUUGUCACACCACGUAAAAUAUUCGUAGAUGAUAAAAACAAGGCACAUUUGGUCAUUAUCGUGGAAAUGCUAACGAAAACUCCUAAGGGACGAGGUCAGCCUUGUUAUUACAUUGAUAUGUGUAAUAGCGAGAUCAUCAAACGAUUCAACAAAGUCAAGAGUGCCACUACCAGCACAGUGGACGUAGGAACGACCGACACAGCGACAACCGAUACAUUUGAAACAUUUAGCUUUGAAACGGGCACAAUUGAAAUUUCAGGUACAGGACCACUGGGAACUACAUUGACUGACAAUGUCACAGCUGCUACUACAGAGUCAGUAACAUCGGACACCACAGGGGAUAUAGGGACUACACUGACUGACAGUGUCACAGAUGCUACUACAGAGACAGUAACGUCGAGCUAUACGUCAACAGAGGGGUUCACAAAGGGGUCAACAAAGGCCCCUAAGAUAACGGCAACGCCUGAAUCAUGCAGUUUAGUGGCCGUAGGAGUUGGCGGCAAUGCCAAGACUGGUAAACAUAUUUAUGGAAAAAAACCACGAUGCCUGUCACCUAAAGUAAUUGGUACCAAGUGCUUUAUGGAAAAUGAGCAUGUUAUUACAGUUGAUUUGAAACACACUAAAGAUGAAUCAAGCCGAAAGGUGAUUGAAUUCACGUGCUCCUCGGGAUAUCACGAUCCAGUGAAUGGAGCUUAUGGUCCUGCUACGGACGCGUUCUUCUAUGGAACUGUCAGACAGAAGAUGCUGAAAGAUUGGUACGGACUUACUCCUCUGAACAAACCAGCAGUUCGCGUUCAUUACGGCCGUAAGGUAGAAAAUGCCUUCUGGUUCAGGUCUGGUGUAACGAUCGGAGAUGGACGCAAAAUGUUAUAUCCUUUAACUAAUUUGGACACAUUGGCUCACGAACUGGGACACGGGGUCACUGAAAAGUAUAGCGACUUGGUAUACGAUAACCAGCCAGGUGGUAUGAACGAAGCGUUUUCUGACAUGAUGGGAGAAGCUGCUGAAGACUUUUUCGAUACCACUGAUUGGAUGAGUGGAUUUGAAAACACAAAAGACCAAAGUCCACUGCGAUACUAUGACAAACCUUCACGUGACGGCAUAUCAAUUGAUCAUGCUAGUCAAUACGUUAAGGGCAUGAGUGUUCAUCGCUCCAGUGGUGUCUACAACAGAGCGUUCUAUCAAAUUGUCAAGGUAGGUGGUGUCAAAAUGCGAUACGGCUUUGAGGCAUUCCUCACCGCUAAUCGCGUAUACUGGAACGCGAACUCUAACUUUGUCAGCGGAGCCUGCGGAGUGAUACGAGCAGCCUAUACUCUGGGUCUGGACACGGAAAAAUUCAAAGCCGGGUUUAGCGUGGUGGGCAUCAGCACGUGCGACUUAACCAUCUAUUUGCGUAUGCUGACAACAUUACAGUGACAGAGUAAUAUCAAGGUAUCCAGCAUUAGACAACCUGUGUUUGGAGUCAGCCUAACAGCCAGCGACAGCUCGAUAACGGUAACGACAACAGGAGGCAGUGGAAUCAAAGUGGCCAUAUCCACAUCCUUGUCAAGGGAUUCGUCCAUAGCAACUGGAGCAGGUUCUGUCACGUGGGCAACAGGCGGCACAACUGGCAUAGUCUACGUCCGUCUGUUUACGGACAGUGAAACUGAGCAAACUGGCGUCUCAGUGAGUUUGUCAAUGAAUUAACUUGGAAUGAAUGAUUAAUUAAUUACCUUGAAUAUCUCUAGUAAAUAUUCCACUUUAAAUAAUAAUAAAACUAUAUCACAA